AUAGUCCAUACCCCAACCCACCCUCGUAUUUUCUUUCUUCUUUCCCUUCUACUUAGCUAGUCUUCGGCCAAAAAAUGGAAAAAAUAGUAGCACUAGCUAGUAGUAUUACUCUUUCUAUCUUUAUUUCCCGCCUGAAACCCAACUCUGUUCCCUUAUAAUUUCCUAUCAAUUAGUUUACUUCUAAAUAAAGUUGUCUCCUUUAAUUUCUUCUUAUAUAUUAUAAUAAAUAUAAAUUGCUCACUCCAAACUUCAUCCAUCUUGUUCUUAUCACUUCAGUCAACAGAUUCAGACUCUCCUCUCUAACCAAUUUAUAUACCAUUUCAGUGCGAUUCAUUAACCAACCCAUCGAUCAUGUUCGUCUCUUCCACCGCCAUGUCCCUUCUUCCUAUUCAGCCCGCCGUUAAGUUCACAGAGCACGUAAUCACCACCAACAAGCCCAUCCCCAACAGACCUCCUAGGCUGCUCAGAAUCAUCAUCACCGACGCUGAUGCCACUGAUUCUUCCAGUGAUGAUGAAGAUGAUGAUCGGCAGCGGAGGCUUUCCAGAAACAAGGUACGCCGAGUGAAGAGGCACAUCAGAGAGAUCAACUUGGGGCCCUCAAAUACUCAUCAUCAUCAUCACUUGAAAAAGAAGCAACAAGUACGAAACAAGCCCGGAUCUGAGGUUACUCGCAGGAAAAAGUUCCGGGGUGUCCGACAGAGGCCCUGGGGCAGGUGGGCUGCCGAGAUUCGAGACCCCAAUAGCCACAAACGCCUCUGGCUCGGCACCUUCGACACACCAGAGGAAGCUGCAGUAGUUUACGACAAAGCCGCCGUGAUGCUAAAGGGCCCCAACGCUGUUACGAACUUUCCUCACCCUGUUGUAAAGGAGACAGAGACAGAGACAGAGACAGAGGCAGAGAGGGAAACGGAAACUACCGUUGCUGGCACAAUCGGCUCUUCUCUCUCUUCUCCGACAUCGGUUCUCUGUUACGAUAAUUUAACGCCGUUCGAAGGCUUGGGCUACGGACAAGUAGACGCGUUUGGUCUGGAGAUUGACAUGCCGGUGCCGGUGCCGGUGAGUAUCCCACAUCUGAUGCCGUCGGCGGCGAGAUGCUGGGGCGAGGAGGAGGUCAUCAGUGAGUUUGACGUGGAUGAUUUCUUAGUGGACUUCGUUUCGUAAAUAUGGGCAACAGUGUUUGUGCACGUGUCUUAUUAACAUAUAGUCAUUGAAGCUGUCAAUUAUGGCCUGUCCUGAUGACGUGGUGGAUUUUGAUUAGUUAGAAAAAGGACUUGUUGGUGUUCAUUGUCGAAGUGCCCUCAUUUCUAAUACCAGUCAAACGACGGAGUGUAGAAUGAAUAGCAUUAGCAAUAGCAAGUUAGCCCAUUUACACCGCAAUUUUGUGGGAUGACAAUUGAAAAGUUUGUGUACCUACUAAAGUUUUGAUUAUUGUUUAGUAGCAAAUAAGAGAUUUUUAAAUUUAGAUUUCAAAAUAUGUGAAUGUAAUAAAUUUAAAAAAAUAAA